UGAUGAUGUGAAGUGGUUGAGUUGUCGGUGUUAUUAGUUUAUAAGGUUUUCUCAAGUACGGAAACAUUAAUCAGUAAUUUCGUUUGAACAAAUUGAAUCGGUAUUACAUGUAUAAUACCUGUAAGAUCAUAAUAUGUAGCUUUACGAUAUUGAGGAUUAUUACUAUUACUAAUAUAUUACUGUUAGUAAUAAUAAUAGUAUUAGUAUCACUAUAGUAUAAUUUAUGAAUUACAACUAUCUGUAAAGUGUCAUACAAGAUGCUAUUACAAGUACUGUUGUAGUACUUGGUUCGUCAUUGCUUUGUUUCCGAUCUGAGUAGCACACACCAAACUUUAGUGCCAAUUUCCAGUUUUGAAUGAAACCUUAGACUUUGUAAAAAAGUACCAUACAUCUGCUUUAACGUUUAUGAGUUUACUCGAGUUUUUACUUUGCGAGUAACAUCAGGCAUUAAUGAUUGUUUAACUGUUUGGUGUCAUGGAAUCUUUUAAAGACUCGUUUUGGGGACCAAAUGGAUUUGAAGAGUUGAGAAAGCUUGUAAAGCAGGGAGGAGAUUUCAGCAAAGAAAUUGCUUGUAUUUUGCAUGAAAGAUCUGAAUUAGAGUCCCAUUAUGCCAAAAAUCUGAAUAAGCUUGCUUCUAAGGUAUCCAAAGCUACUAGAGAUGCUCUAGGGACAACAGCUCAAACAUGGCAGGAAAUAGCUUCUGCGAUGGAGUAUGAAGCAGAACUUCACAGAUGUCUAGCAUCUGGACUUGAAGAAGAUGUUGUUAAGUCAUUGAAACUGCUAUUUGAUGGGCAACAUAAAAUACGUAAACAGGUCGAGUUAAUAGUAGACCGAACAUCCAAAAGUCUUACAGAUCAUCAUAAUGAAAAAGCAAAGGCUCAAAAGCAGAGCUACAGCUGUACCAAAGAAAAUGAACGAUUGAAGGAACAGAGCUUAGAAAGUAGAUCUAGUAAAGGAAAACUUGUGACAGAUAAAGAUAUUAAUAAGUUGGAAAAUAAACGAAAGAAGGCAGAGGAGGCCAUGAUAAAAGCUGACCUGGAGUACUAUACUAGUUGUGUGAAGGCAGAGAGGGUGCGACAAGAAUGGGAAUCAGCUAUUUACCAAGCCAGUACUCAAUUUCAACAGCUAGAAGAAAAGAGACUUGCACACAUGCAGGAAUUAGUACAAAAGUAUGCAAAUCACAUCAGUGUUUUGGGACCCAAGAUGAUUCAGAGCUGUGAUAAAUUAAAUGAAGCUGUGUCAAAAAUUGAUGUUGAAGGAGAUAUACAAGUAGCCAUCAAGUCCAAGGGAACUGGUCCCAAUUAUUCUGAGCAGUUUCUUCCUGAUUUUUAUGUAUGUAUCUUAGCGUGA